AUGUCUCCCGUCAAGGAUGAGAAAGCCUUUAUCAAUUCGUUGGAACGCCUCUUCGCAUCUGAAAGCGAUUGGAGUCUCAUUGGACCUAAAGAUGGUAUAUAUCGUGUCCGCUCGUGGGUUAUAAAGGAUAUCGUUAAGGAACUCCGAAAAAUGGAAAACUCGGGUCUGGAGCCAGAACGCAAGUAG